AGACUAUAUAUUUCAUGUAUUCUUUCAUUUUUUUUUUCAUGUAUAUUUUUCUAAAUUCUAGUAACUUUUUGAAUCUUACGUAUGUAUGAUGUAUAAUCCGAAUGUAAUUCAUUCAUUGCAUUCUUUCAGCAUACAAAUUUUUGCUACGAAUUUUAGUAUAAGCUCAAGAUAUGUACAUAUAGCUUUUAUGAUAUGUAAAUAAUGGCAUCUAUCCAAGUGGGGGAUUAAAUAACCUGAUUAUGCUACAAAUGAUCGAAGCAAUUUAUCAUGCCAAUUGCAUGGACCGAUAGUCUAACGUUGAGAUUAGUAAUUUUUUACAGUAAACACGAAUGUCUAAGAAAUCCUUUUCAUCCGGAUUAUAAGAACAAACGAUGUCGUUACAAAGCUUACAAAAAAAUUGUGGAUUCUAUGGAUGUUUGUUGUUUAACAGUUUAUGAUUGUAUCAAAAGGAUUACCUGUGUAAAGGCCCAAUACUGUUAUGAGCUGUCUAAAAUCAGUGCUGCAAUUUCCUGUGAGAAGUUUUAUAGACCAAUAGCGAACUGGUUUCCAAUAAUCCAUGAACUGUUUUUCCCAUUUAUACCAACUUACAAUUGUACAAGUGAUUGCUGCAAGAUAUGCAGUGACAAAACAGACACACAUAAAGGUUAUGACUAUGAAGAAACACAGGAGCAGUCGACACGUCCAGUCCCCACGGAACCGAGAGCAUUAAGCACAGACUGUGGUUGUCCAUAUGAAACUUGUUAUUGUGACAAAUCGAAUAUAGCUAAACCUCGUACUCGUCUUAGGAAAGCAGAAAAACCACCUUUCUUCCUGACGGAAGAGAAAGGUGUAACUACUUCGCAAACCACAGCAAGAGAUUGCAAAUAUUACUUGCACCAGCAAAAAGUAUCUCAAAUCGAUGUGGGGAGUAACAUCAGAAGUAUCAGUACUGAGCACGCGACUCAAUCUGAACUUUCUUAUUUCAAAACUGCAUGUACAGCUUGUCAAGUGUGUAUGGAAAAUGAAGUACCUUUUAACUUGAUGAAAAAAGAUCUAAAGGAGACAGACAUUAGUUACACAGAUUGUGCUCCACCAGUGAAAGACAUUAAAGAAAGAAGGAAAACUGACGAAUUUGACAUGUUCGGCAAGAGUAUUGCGUUUCAGUUGCGAAAUAUAAGUUUCGAAAUUGCAGUUAAAUUGGAGAAACGAAUACAAGAUCUAAUUGCACAAGAACGUCUGGAUCAUAUGAAACUGAAAUAUUUGGAUUGCUGUACAGCUUCUAGUUGCAGCGAAUGUGCAGUUUUGCGCAAGGAAAUGGUUUGCAGCUGCGGCCUUCCGAUAAUCAUGAUCAAGGCAGAUUCUUCCUGCGAUCUUGAUUGCAAGCAACGAAUAUAAUGUCUACGAAUUGUCUGUAUUUGUUUAGUACUUAGAAAAAAAUCUUAUCAAAGAUAUAAUAUAUGAAAUAUGAUUCUAUAUGUUGGUUCUGGUAUUAAUGUAUAGUAUCGUAGCGAAACAAAAUUAAUAAAAUAACGUAGAGUGAUUUAACAAAUGCUUCCGUUCGAUGUAUCGCGCGAUCAAAUUCAGUCGCGUUCUUUAACUGAAACUGAUUUUAUCUUGUGAAUAGUCGUAAAAUUAUAAACGUAUAAGAAAUCGCAAACACUAUUUUCAUAGAGACACUGUAUUAAAAUACUGUUGGUAAAUUCUUCGUAUUAUAAAAUGUCGUCCAAAUGGAACGAGAGAUUAGUGAUCAGUUUUUUAAAAGCGUACAAGCAAUAUCCGUGCCUUUGGAACCCUUAUCACAGACAUUACUAUAACUGCUAUGAGAAGAACAAGGCAUUGCAAAGAAUUAUCAACGAUCUCUGCAUACCCGGCUUUACCGUAACCGAUUAUUUGCACCAGAUCAAGAGCAUAAGAGAAAAGUAAUGUACGAUCGGAAUUUUUGGUAAUGAAUAUUGUGAAAGAGAUAAGAGAGAAAAUAAAAAACAUCAUGAACGAA